UUACAGUGUCAGAUGCCAGUGAGUGGACAGAGGUAGGACUGCUACACACACCGCAAACUCAUAAAGACUUACAACAAUUCCUGAUUCAGAAGUUUGAAGUGCGACGUUAGUUAGCUUGAAGUUAGCACUUAAAGCAAGUUGCAGUGAUUUGCGGACAACGCCCGUUUCUGCACAAAGUGACCGUUUCCGUUGAGUUCGUCCUGCGCAAGCGAGAGGAUACUGAAAAAUGACCCGUCGUGUGGCCAUCAUCGGGGGAGGGAGUUCAGGACUGGUCUGUAUCAAGACCUGUCUUGAUGAAGGGCUGGAACCUGUCUGCUAUGAAAGCAGUGAUGAUAUUGGAGGUCUUUGGAGAUUUAAGGAAAAUCCAGAGCCGGACAGAGCCAGUAUCUACCACUCUGUCAUCAUCAACACCUCCAAGGAGAUGAUGUGUUUCAGUGACUUUCCAAUUCCUGGAGAAUUCCCCAAUUUCAUGCAUAACUCCCUCAUCAUGGAGUACUUCAGGAUGUAUGUUGAUCACUUCAAACUCACCAAGCACAUCCGCCUAAAUACCAAAGUGUUGCAGGUGAAGCAGAGGUCAGACUUCUCUCACUCAGGCCAGUGGGAUGUUGAAAUAGAGAACAAGGACAGCACGAAGGAGAAACACAUUUUUGAUGCUGUGAUGAUUUGUAUCGGACAUCACUGUGAACCCAACCUACCGCUACAUGACUUCCCAGGCAUUGACACUUUCACGGGAAAGUUUUUCCACAGCCGAGACUACAAGACUCCUGAGGAGUGGAGGAAUAAAAAGGCAGUAGUUGUCGGAAUAGGAAACUCUGGAGGAGACUUGGCAGUGGAACUGAGCAGAGUCACUAAACAGCUGUACCUGAGCACUCGAAGGGGAGCCUGGGUCCUGAACAGAGUCGGGGAGAAUGGGAUUCCCCUUGAUUUGAACUUCAACAGAGUCCUUGACUUUUUCAAGAGAGUUCUUCCCUUUGGUGUCUACUGUAGUCUGGGAGAGAGACGGCUCAACAGACGAUUUGACCACCAUCUGUACAACCUGAAGCCAAAGCACAGGUUGUUCAGUCAACAUCCCACAGUCAAUGAUGACCUCCCCAACCGCAUCCUGUCUGGGACCAUUCAGGUGAAACCCAACAUCCGCAGACUUCAAGGAUCCAGCGUGGAGUUUAAUGAUGGAACCAUAGUGGACGAUGUUGACCUGGUGGUUUUUGCCACAGGUUACAAUUUUUCCUAUCCGUUCCUGACCUCAAAAGUGGUCUCAGUGUCUCAGAACAAAACAAAACUUUACAAGUACGUUUUUCCUCCUGAGCUGGAACGCCCCACACUGGCCAUCAUUGGCCUUGUUCAGCCACUGGGAGCCAUAAUGCCUAUCUCUGAGAUGCAGGCCAGAUGGGCCACACGCGUCUUUAAAGGCUGCAUUAAGCUCCCUUCAGCAAAAGCAAUGCUAAAUGACAUUAAAUACAAGGAGGAGUCCAUGGCUUCCAGAUACGUUGCCAGUCAGAGGCACACUAUUCAAGUUGACUACGUUUCCUACAUGGAUGAAAUAGCAGAACUAGUGGGGGUCCAGCCAAAGAUCAAAAGAAUGCUGUUCACUGAUCCUAAACUGGCACUAAAGCUGGUGUUUGGUCCAUGUACGCCGUACCAGUUCCGUCUUAGGGGACCAGGGAAGUGGGCUAAAGCCCGUCAGGCCAUCCUCACCCAGUGGGAGAGAAUGGCUCAGCCGAUGCAGACCAGACCCUGUGACGAGCCACCAUGUCACAGUUGGCUCACAUGGCCUGUGGUCCUGGCAUCAGUUACUGCUGGCGUGGCCGCAUACAUGUACAGGAACAGCCUCUGUACUGUCCUGCAAGAUCCAAUGGCAUGGCUGGACUGGAUGAAGUCGUUCUUGCCUGCAGAGAACAAUUAAAUGUAAAGUACAUUUUUCUUAUCUGUCAUAACACUAAUGAAUGAUGACACCAAGAUGAGCCCCGGUCUUUAUGUAAAUACAAACCGUCUCAUUCUUGACAUACGAGUUUACACUUAGAGUCUAGUAAAUACCAUUGACUCAUCAUAAUUCUGACUCUGAGAGGACCAGAAUAAACCAAAUAGAUUUUUUUUACCUCUCCAUUCCAUUGUUAAUUUAUCUCCAUUUCAAAAAUGUAUUUCCUUGUAUACAUCAUAAGACCACGGAGUAAUUUAGAACUUUAAACUUUUAAGCUAUGACUAUGUCUAAAAAUGAAUGUUAAUUUUACAUCAGGUUAAAGAACCAUUCCAAAUGAAGGAAAUGUGUAUGUGAUAUAGACCAUAUUUUACUGGUUGCUCUGUUUCUCCCUCAAAUUGUAUUUUAAAUGUACUCGUGUAUUUUUCAAUCUUACAAUGUAUAAAAAAAAUCAAAGAAUGAAGACUUUGAUUUUCUACUACAUGUGACAAAAACAAGUAGUACUCUAAACAUUAAAAGCAAAAAAAAAGGUGUGAUUGUUGAUGGGAAUCAGUUCUGAACGACAUCCAAACAUUUACACAUGGUCAGAGCCUUUUGGUCCUAACAUUUAUAUGACAUCACAAUGUUACUUUACCCAUGUGAAUCAUCAUCUAAAAUCAUAAUUUUUUAUAUAGAAUUUAAUGUUCUUGUUUAGCUCUUUGCUGUGUGCCUUAUUACAACGUUUGUACGUGACCUCUGGUACCUCAGAACUGUCGCGUUUUAAUAUCAAAAUCAAAUGAAGGUAGGAUUCAUAGUAUUCCCACCCAAAGCAAUAAAGUGUGCGACGUGCAGGUUAAUCAUUGAUCUGGUGUUUGAGUGCAGCCAGUUGUUCCAUUGCUCUGACCAAUUGCUAGUAAAUGUGGAGCCAAAACCUUACAUAACAAACUCCUCCUCCAACCAAGAUAGGCCACACAAAAGCAAUUGACACAAAUCUGGUAAGUGAACUGUUCAGGUAAGGGUGUUCCAUAUAUUAUCAUUAUUAUUAUUGGCAAAUGAAUUGUGUUUCUAAUAGUAAUUUUUGGGUCAAAAACUGUCAUCUUUUCUGCAGGAUAUACUGCACAAUAUGCACUAUGGUUCUAAUCUUGGUAUUUAUUCAUCUCAGAUUGUUCAGCCAACAUCCUACAAUCAAUGAUGAGCUCCCCAAUUGCAUCCUAUCAGGAACAGUUCAAGUGAAACCCAACAUAGAGUUCAAGGAUCCAGUGUGGAGUUUCAGGAUGGCAGUGUUGCUGAGGAUGUCGAUCUUGUGGUUGGUGUUUGCACCCACAAACAGCACUAGUUUUUGUGUACUUUGGUAUGUAUCUAACAAUUCUAUAUCUUGCAGGUUUUCGCCACAGGGUACAAGUUCUCCUAUCCGUUUCUGACCUCACAUGUGGUCUCAGUAUCUGAAAACAAGGCCAAACUGUACAAGUACGUGUUUCCUCCUGAGUUAAAGAAGCCUACACUGGCCAUUAUUGGUCUCGUCCAGCCAAAAAUCAAAAGGAUGCUGCUUACUGACCCUAAGCUGGCAUUGGCCUUGAUGUUUGGUCCUUGCACACCAUAUCAGUUCCACCUCAGAGGGCCAGGUGCAUGGGCUGGUGCCCGUCAGGCCAUUCUCACUCAGUGGGAUAGAGUGGCCAGGCCUUUGCAGACCAGAUCAGGUGAUGAGCCCACACCUAAAAAGUCAUUCCGGUGGCCUUUGAUUCUGACAGCUACUGCUUUGGGUUUGGUUGUUUAUGUUCACCAGAAAAAUCUCCCAGCUGUUAUGCAAGAACCAAGUGCCGUACUGCACUGGGUUAAAGAUUUCCUGGUUACUCAGUGAAAAGUUUGAAUCUUCCUUGAAUCAAUAAAAUAAAAUAUAUAUAUAUAUAUAGAGAGAGAGAGAGAAACUAUAAUCCUAUUCAAUGCAUGUAUUCUUAUUAGCUCUGCUGCAGAUAUUUGCAUGAUAGACAUUUUCUGAAAGGAGCCAUACUUUUCAUGCAAACAUAAAUAUUACUUUAAAUAUUAUUACAAUUCAUUGACAAUGAAUUAUUUGCAAUUGAUAAAUUAGUCGGUUCACAGUGGUCAGACUGUAGUAAUGUCUAUCAUUAACUGUGUAUCAUGUUUGUUUUUUUUAUUUUAAUGUUGCAAUCCAAAAAAUCAAGAAUGCCAUUCUUUGAGGGUUCAUUAUAGUCACAUUUUAAAUGUUGGGUCACAUGAUCUCCAAAUGAUUUUUGAGUGAUAUAUUGUAAAAUGACAUGUGCGUAUCUCAUAGUUCAACAUUGGAUCAAAAGGCAUUUGACUUGUUUUUAAACCAUAAUGAAAGCACAAAGUCAAGUCUAAGGAUUAUCUAUUAUAACAUGUGACGUAGGGCUAAAAGACCAUGACACUGUCUAAGACUCUAUUCACAGGACGACAGCCAACAUUGAAAUUCCAGUGUGAACAGUGUGGUGUAAAAGUAGAAGAAGAAGCGGCCACACAAAGCACACAGUUUCUUUACAAAGCAAUAUGGAUGCCACAAACGUCAAUAGUAUUAGUGAGUAUCAACAAUGAAGAUGUAGUGCGGUCUUUGACAAAUAAUUUUAAAUGUUGUCAUCAGUCAGAUGGCUUCUACAAUCUCUGUGGCUGCGGUUUCACUCCACUUGAUGUUUGUCCUCCCUAUUAAAGACCUCUGAGUGUGGUGUCAUAAGAAGAACCUUGAACUGGAGAUAGUAGUGAUAAAGGGAUGCAGUGAUUUAUUUUUUUUCUUACCAGGAUUUACCAGGAUGUACAAGUUCAGAUAUGAACAGGUCAGAGGAAUACAAUAUGAAAACAUUAUUCAUGGACUAUAUUGUGUCUCAAGACAUUAUAUAGUGUUUACAAUUAAACAAUAUAUAUUAUAUAUAGUAAUAUGUCAAACACACAAUGCCGUGAGGCUCCAAACAGACAAGUUUGAACAUUUUUCUGUAGGCUACUACAUAUGCCGUAUGAUUUAGUCUUAACUUUAACUGAACUUAUAUGCUAAAGAUAUAGAAUUAUUGGUGGGGGAAAAUGCUUUCUGCUUACACUGUCUAUGCAUGUUUUAUUUUUAAGAUUUUGUGUACCUUAGUUCGGUACAUUUCAAUACCUGUGUGUAUCUGGACUGUACAGCAGAAACUGACAAUAAAAUGUAGGACUUGCA